AUUGUAUUUAUUUACCUAUGAUAUAUGUAUGAUAUAUUAUAUGGAUAUGGGCUGCAUUUUCCUUGACUUCUCCCAACCACAAUAAAAAGGAAUAUCCCAAAGCUCUCGAAACGAAAUAUAGCUAGCUAGCAAUCUAAGCUCAUCUCUUUUGCUCUCUCAAUUGCUCUAUAACUCACACGCAACUCUACUGCUCUCUACCAUACCUUGCCACAUCACACUAUUGCUAUUUAACAGCGCUUUGCUGCACAAUAACGGAGAAAAGCCAUUGGGAUUGUAAUACGAUAUUAUUAGCCUUUGGGGAAAUCAGGAAAUAAUCCACCCCCCGGCCUGCUUUUUAUAUAUACUUUCAAUUCAGACAAUUCAACUUACCUUCCUCGCUUAUAUACAUCUAUCACUACUAAAUUCAAACACUUGUCAAAAUCAGCAGAGCCAAACCAAACCAAACCAAAUCAAGCCACCAAAAAGACAGCAAUCAUGACUCGCGGAAACGUCGGUAUCUACAAAGUCUUCUACAAAGGCGACAACGAUGACUUCCUCGUCUUCAUCGACGAUGUGCAGGCGCUGAAGAAGUGGAAAUCGGACAGCUCGACCCCGAUGGCGCAGGUCGUGAGUGGGUUUCAGGUGUUUAUUACGCAUCGACAAGGCGCCCAGGGCAUCCAUGACGUUGCCAGCAAUGCCAUUCUGCACGCUGAGUUCGGGACGGAGGAUAAGGUUGCGUGCAUCAAGAAGAUCUUGGAGGCGGGUGAGGUGCAGGAGUCGGAGAAUCCCCAACGUUUCGGAUCAAAGAAUGACUCCAUGGGUCCACGCGUUAACCACUAGUGGGUAAUGGUUUUGGGAGAAAAAAAAAUUCACUUCGCCCUUCAAAUCUGGAAGAGUAACACAGACAAAGACCAGAUUCACCGUGGGUUAAAUAAAUAAGAGAAUUCGACGAGAUUGGAGAGUGGAAGGGGACUUUUUUGACUCCAUUCUCGGGCUAGCUGUGUUAUGAUAUAAUUUGUUUAGCUUUUUUUCUUCCCUUUUUUCAUGAAGCGUUAUGUGUAUGUAUAAAAAUUAUAUAUAUUAUGAAGAAAUUAAAUGGAUUUGAUUGAAGCCUAGUUAAACGAGCGGGGUGGCGGGGAGGCGGGAUGGCACUUUCAGGCCUUUUCCCAUUCCCUCCCCGGCCCACUGCCCUUGAUAAGGUCCAUACCAUGUCUGUUUCUGUGAUCGUACAUACAUGCAUACAAUUUCGUUCAGCGGAUUCGUUGUUUUUAACAAGAAUAAUGACUUGGUUUCGUAUCUGUACAUCCCUGGUUAGAAAUGGAGUUGUAGAUGUAUUUGUACGCAGCGUAGGUAGGAUGAGGACGGCAGGGCAUUUCAAACAACAUCAGGGCUCUAGACAGUUUUGUGUUAAGUUCAAUCAUUGACGUGAUUUAGUUGCAAUCAUCAUGUUCGGCAGCGCAAGCAAUGCCCAGGGGCGUGGUGAAUCAUGAUAGUCAACAUAGUCAACAUAGUCAACAUAGUCAACAUAACAACAACUUUUUUUGAAGGCCAAAGCACCUAGAGACGAGUGAACGGC